UCAGGAGAAGAACAAGUGUCUGCUGUUGUCUGGGUCAAAUGUAGGAGCACUGGAGCGAACUGUCGAAGGAAGCCCAAAAAACUAUUUCCUGCUUUUCUGAAACACUACACCUGCUCUGAACUGUUGGUGGAUCACAGAGCGUUUCCAUGGAGACCAGGUCUGUUGGAAAGGACAAGUUUUUCAUAGUGAUUCGAGGGAAGACGAGGAAAGGCUUCUGCAGAGGAUGCAUCGGCCGUGUGGAGGCAGAGCUACAGCACGGGGAGCUGGUGGGGCUUAUGUACGGUACCAGCAACAACGCAGGCAGCCCCAAGAAUGGAGGUACAGUGAGGAGGGAGGACACCUACCCCCUGAGCCGCCACCAGGCCCAGCUCCUGCUCUUCAUCUCCUCUGUCAGCAAACGUCUGGAGGUUCUGUGCAACCCGCAGCUGUUCUCAGCCAUCUGCGAGCUGUCGCAGGAUGACCUGGUGGUGGUGAAGCACAAGAAGGGACACCUGCCAGGACUGGUGAAGAACCUGAUGCAGAUCGGGAGGAAGGUCAACCAAGAUGACCUGCACAUGCUGGGCUUCGAGGUGGAGUUUGUGGACAAUGAUCACAGUUUGUCGUCCAAGAAACCGGUUCCUCUGCCCCUGUUCAGUGCAGCAGACAUCGUCCAGGUGGUCCCAUCCUACUCCGUCCCUGUUGGUCUCUACUGGAAGGACGGACAAUGUGGAGGUCAGAACCGAAAAGCACUGACCCGGAUCAACUCCAUGCCAACGAUAGGAUCUUGUGGACGACAAAUAAGAGAACUCCUUACAGACACCUUCACCCAGAACCACAGUCUGAGCAGGUCCCACAUGGAGGUGGGGUCUCUGGUGGAAGUGGUGUCCAACUCAGGGGUCACAGUGUAUGGAGUCAUCCGGUGGUUGGGGGUCCCUGAAGGGAAGACAGGGGAAUGGGCUGGGAUUGAACUGGACUAUGACAUAAACGGCUGCUCUGAUGGAAAAUACGGAGGCCACAGGUACUUCACCUGCAAAGGGAACAAGGCUCUGUUUGUUCCUGUGUCCAAGUGCAGCCCUGACAGCAGGUUUGUCUGCUCGUCUGCUGGGACGGAGAACCUCAGACCCACUGAAGGACCUCCAGCACUUCCGUUUGAUGAGCUGGAUGAAGAUGCCCCUCCUAUCCCUGAAUCUGACGCCGUCUCUUUGUUAGUGGGAAGAAUGAAAGGGAUUCAGGGUCACAUUAACUCCUGUUACUUGGAUGCCACCCUGUUCAGUUUGUUCAGUUCAUCCCUGAUCCUCGAUAAGAUCUGCCAGACGCCUGCUGACUCAGAACAACCCAUAACCCAAAACACUCUGAGAAAGAUCAUCAACUGUUUACGCAGACAAGGGUUUGUUCCUGCUGAGAGUGUGAUGAAUUUCCGCAAACAACUUGGCUGCGACACGUUUCGAACAGAAGAAAAAGACCCAGAGGAGUUCAUCACAGUCCUCUUUCAGAAGGUGCUUUGCAUAGAACCGCUGCUCAAACUGAGGUCAAAAAGACAAACGUCUCAGGGAGCGUACACCUUCCAGAUCUUCUUGCAGAAGGAGCAGGUGGUGCAGGUACCAACGGUCCAGCAGCUGCUCGAUGCGUCAUGUUUGUCAUGUGACCUCAAGUUUGAGGAGAUGCCGUCAUGUCUGAUGGUUCAGAUGCCCAGGUUUGGAAACAAGUAUAAGAUGUUUUCUCAGAUCAUUCCCUCCAUGGAGUUGGACAUUACAGACCUCCUUUACAACUCUCCAAGGGAAUGUUUUAUCUGUGGUCAACGGGCAGAGUGCGAAUGUUUACAGUGCCUUCCAGAUCAAAAACUGCAGCCGGGAAGAAUCAAGCAGUACUGCAACACCUGCAACACACAGGUACACACCCAUCCCACACGGCGCAGCCACACCCCCCAAGCCCUAGAGCUGCCAGAGGGGGGGCCCACUGAUGCCCCCACGCCCACGCAUAAGAUGGAGCUGUUUGCUGUGCUCUGCAUCCAAACAAGCCACUAUGUGUCAUUCAUCAAAUACGGCCCUGACCCUCACUCCUGGCUGUUCUUUGACUGUAUGGCAGACAGAUGUGGUGACGAUCAGAGCGGAUACAACAUUCCAGAGAUCCGGGCCUGUCCAGAGCUGGGGGACUUCCUGUGUCAGUCAGAGGAGGAGCUGGGGCGGGCCAACCCCUCCCAGGCUCCUGAACUGGUGCGAAGGCUACUCUGUGACUCCUACAUGUUUUUAUACCAGACUCAGGCCACACCCCUUUGGAGGUCCGACCAGCAGCAGGACCAGCCGUGAACACAGAACCAGCACCAAGGUUGUCAUCACUGUGCCUUCAGAUCCUUACACCACCAACACACUGUGUACUGUAUAUAAACACCAUGAUCUCAAAUAGAUGCUUUAACAUAAAAAAAAAAAAUAUUCCAGAAGAGAGAAUCUAUAAAAGAAAUGCAAGUGUCUAAACUGAGUCCUAACCUUUUAUAUAUUAAGUAAAGGAGCAGGAACACACUGCUGUCUUCAUGUCUUCAAUGUUUUUGCUGCUGUUAUUGUUGUUUGUCUAAAACUGUGAUUAUUUAUACUCAGAUUUAUGAAGGAAAUUGAAGUGUGUCUUUUAGUUUAUGACUCUAUUUUGUAAAUUAAAGUUCAAGUUUCUCCAUCGCUCUGUGACAUGAUUGUUGCUGAAUUAUGUAAAUGUACUUUGGUCUAAUGAGCUCCUCAUUAAAGUACCUCAAUACAUGACA